GCUAUACCAUCAAACAACAAAGGAAGCUGUGUGCAUUUCAAGACCCGGGGAAGUGGAGGAAGCCGUGUGCAUUUCCGAAAGAUAAUCGUCUAACUUGUUUUGACAAGUCUUGGUGAAGAAUGAAGACACUCUUGACCACACCAUGCCUCAUGUUACUAGCCAUGGGUGGAACAUCCUCCUCGCCGCCAACAGAUUCAACUUGGGCUAUUCAAAAAUUGUCCAACUUUGAAUCCAUCAUUUCGUAUGACGAAUUAGUAAAUCAAAUUUUGAAAGAGCCCUUAUGUUUCCAUGAACCAACUCUUCAUUCUCAAUUCUCAGGGCCAAAUUUCCGUCCACAAGCCAAUCACCAGGAACUCAAUGACAAAAUGGUGUAUUCUCCACAGCAGCUCACCGCUAGCGAUCAGGGACUACCUCGCCCUCCCAAGCGCAAAUGGCAUGUCAUCCUCACAGAAGGUGCAGAAAAUCAGUCUCCAUCGAAGCAAACGGAAAUAGUGGAGGAAUGCCCAAAGAGCCCGGCUGAGGAGACUAGAUCAAUGUUGUUGGAAGGAGCGGAUUUGGAUCCUGACGAAAUCAUGAGGAAGAAUGAAGAAUUGAUGAGGAACACAAGUGAUUUUGUCCCACAUGCUCAACUUGACAUGCAAGAGGAAAAGUCCAAAGAGCCUUCCAUCCCAACCAAGUUGUUCCAUGUCUAUAAUUGGGAAUAUGUCAAACAAUCCCCUCAAGAUCAAACCACGGAAAGGAACAAUGCUGAUCGCCUUGAAGAGCUCUUUAGUUUGUUGAAUAGCUGCAAAACUAUACCCCCACAAGGCCCACUCUUCUGGAUCCCGAGAGAGAAUGUGCAUAAGUUUCUGAAAAGGGAGGAGGUCAACAAAAUCUUAUGUUUUAUGAGAGAUCUAUGGAAAGAUAUGGAACAAGAAGAAUUGUUAUUAGAACCAAGUAAAUAUACAUGGAUCAAGAGAAGCUCAGAUAUGUUCAGACUGGAAGAGAAACAAGAUGACUUAAGAAAUGAGAAGGCCUGGGCUAAUGGAUAUUCUCUUUGGUAUUUCGUUGCUGAAGAUAUUGUCAAAUAUUGGACAGAAUCAAAUCGAAACAAAUUCAAAUUAAGAUGGGGUAAAAGAGAAUACCCAUCUGAACAACCUUCAGGAAACAUAGCCAAUUUGGAAGAAUCUUCAUGGGAAGCAACAAGGUAAAACUUGUUAAUGACUCUUGAGUCAUAGGAAUUU